UGUCAGACACUGUGGGAAUAAAGUGCGCGGGAGCGAGUGUAAGCUGGCAUCAUCAAGUCAAUUGUCCUUGUCGAGCGACCCUUCAACCCUCACUUGAUUGCUGAGAUCACUUCUUGUGUCUCGCUUCGAUACACUCAGCAGGACAUUGGUAAGCAGAAGAUCGGAGGACAUAAAGGACGUCGUCACAUAGGAGAGUGGUCAAGAUGUUGAUCACCAUGCUAACAGCCAUGUACGUCAUGGUCCGAGUCGUAGAAUCGAUAGGGGUGCGCUUGGCCAGCCGACAAGAACCGCUGCCUUACAUGGUGUCCCAGCCUCUACCUUGGCAGGUGCACUCUGUGUCGCACAGCCGCAGGAGCAGCAGAGCAGACGAGUUUGAUGGCUACAGAAGAAACAGCAUGGGCGUGUAUAGAAAGCACUCCAGCGCCAGUAACGGCACGUGCAGCGCGGAGCCCACCUUACCGCCCCUCAGCCCCGUGGAGGUGAAGGCGGCCUCCACCAUCCAGACCCAUUUCAGAAAGUUCCAGCAGAAGAAGCAAAAGAACGGCAAGUAGAUGCCCGAAGACUAGAUGGCGCUCGUGGUGCAGCCGUGUUGGACGUGGCCAGUUUCAUACUCCAUAUUUUAUUAAAGCUGAUAACUUAGCUUAGCGUGGUCAUGUUUGGUAAAAGCAUUCUGUCAUCAUGUUGUGAUUUCCCAGGAAUGUAGACUCAUAAAACGUAUUUGUUUUGUUUACUUCCCUAUGUCUCCCCGGAAGUCCCGCCCCCUCUCGGCUAAAGUCAUCAGUAACACCCCUUAGCCAGCCGCCACAAUAUCUACCUCAGGGGUCACCAACGUGGUGCCCGCGGGCACCAGGUAGCCCGUAAGGACCAGAUGAGUCGCCAGCUGGCCUGUUCUAAAAAUAGCUCAAAUAGCAGCACUUACCAGUGAGCUGACUCAAUUUUUUCAAUUUUGUUCAUUUACUAGCAGGCUGGUCUCGCUUUGCUCGACAUUUUUAAUUCUAAGAGAGACAAAACUCAAAUAGAAUUUGAAAAUCCAAGAAAAUAUUUUUAAAGACUUAGGUCUUCACUUGUUUAAAUAAAUUCGUUUAUUUUUUUACUUUGCUUCUUAUAACUUUCAGAAAGACAAUUUUAGAGAAAAAAUACAACCUUAAAAAUGAUUUUAGGAUUUUUAAACACAUAUACCUUUUUACCUUUUAAAUUCCUCUUCUUUCCUGACAAUUUAAAUCAAUGUUCAAGUAUUUUAUUUAUUUAUUUGUAAAGAGUAAUAAAUACAUUUUAAUUUAAUUCUUCAUUUUAGCUUCUGUUUUUUCGACGAAGAAUAAUUGUGAAAUAUUUCUUCAAAC